UAAACUGAUCAAUUUUGUUUAUCCAAUGCCGCUCUCCUCGGAUAUUAUCAUUGAACUCAUGUCUCCCCUUCUGUGUAUCAAUAUCUCGCCUGGACAGCGCCAAAAACAGUAUAUCUGGCAGCAACGUAUUUCCUUCCUUUAAAGCUGUAGUGUUGAGAAACCCCAGCGAAGCCGAGAAGCGACCUCGCCUGUUAUUAUUGGCCUGGAUUAUUCACGACUCCCGUAAGAUCCAUCGAUUUGGCCAACGGCAACUGACAAUAUUUCGUUCACCUUUGAGGGCUCCUUGGAGGCUGCUAAUAGAAAACUGGAAAAUCCUGCGCUACUAGUCUGCUGUGCCCCGGGUCUUGCAUUUAUAAUUUUCCAGCCACAUAAAAGUGUCAGCAUUCGACGGGUCUCAACAACUCCACCUCAACUUCCACUUCUUCCGGCUUCCUUGUACCAACACCCCCAAAGUCCGACGAGGUAUCUCAUAAGGCAACAGAACUUGGGAGUAUUGCUUUUUUGCUUUUCCUCACGAAGUCGACAUGUCAGCAAGGUCAUCCCUUCACAAGGCUUCUGCCCGUGCCAGUCAGGUGACCUUUGCACAGCCAUCGACAAGGACACUAUACUCUACCAAAGCAGCAAAGUCGGGUUCAAAUAUCACCAGAGUCGCUAAGUAUGUUGCUGGUGCCAGUUUUGUUGGGGCAACAGGCCUUUGGGGGUUGACCACUGAGCGUGCUGAAAUGCCACCAAGCCUGGAUCCAGGGAAUCUGGUUGAGGGGAAAUUGGUGGCCAGUCACGGACCCUCGAAAGACGAAGUGACUCGCAUGAUAUCGCGAGAGGCAUACUCGCAUCGACUCAAGUAUGGUAGUGUCAACAGAUAUGAUGGUGCGAGAGUUGCAUCGAAUUCUCCAAGCGAGGAUCGGUAUAUUCACGGAACGUUUCCCUCGCCGUGGAAGGAUGGGCAUAAGUGGAUGGCAUGGGCGGUGUUAGAUGGCCACGCAGGAUGGCAGGCUGCAGAUAUCCUUGAAAACCAAUUGGUUCCUUUCGUGCGGCACGGACUGGACCAGAUUAUGUCUCAAUCGGAUCAGGUUACUGACGACAAGGUUGGCAAAGCUAUCAAGAGAGCAUUUGUCAACCUUGACGAGUCGAUUCUGAAGACAGCAGUAGAUGUCUCGCAAGGAAAAUUGCCUCUUCAAGAUAAGCUUGCAAAUUUGGCACCAGCAUUUGCAGGUUCAUGUGCUCUGUUGUCGAUUUACGAUCCAUCUACAUACAAGUUACAUGUAGCUUGUACUGGCGACUCUAGAGCUGUCCUGGGACAGAAGAAUGCUGAGGGAAAGUGGGAAGCCAUGCCUCUGUCAGUUGACCAGACAGGAGACAACCAAGAAGAGAUUGCUCGGCUCAAGAAGGAGCACCCGGGCGAAGAUGACAUCGUCAGUGGUGGGAGAGUUCUGGGGAUUAUGGUCUCAAGAGCAUUUGGAGACAGUCGGUGGAAGUGGCCGGUCGACUUGCAAAAGGAACUGAAGAAGAAAUUCGAUGGCCCUUCGAUCUUGGCGCCGAAGUAUAAAAUUCUGACACCGCCAUACUUGACCGCGGAACCGGUUGUAAUGAGCACAAAGAUUGAUCCUGACAAGCCUUCGUUCUUGAUCAUGGCGACAGAUGGACUAUGGGAUAAUAUGUCAAGUCAGCAAGCCGUUGAUCUUAUUGCCAAGUGGCUGGAAACCCCUUCAAAAUCAAAGACAGACACCACAGAGCUGAAGUAUGAAUCAUACGACUUCACUGAUUAUGAAUGGAGGGAAGAAUUUGAUGAGAGGAGGACUACGGUUCAGGAUCAGAAUGCCGCAGUGCACCUGGUGCGCAAUGCUCUAGGCGGAAACCACCACGAAAUGAUUGCAGGGCGAUUAGCAUACAGUACUCCUUUCUCUAGAAGUAUACGGGACGACAUCACGGUGCAGGUGGUUUUCUUUCAUAUCCCAGGUCAAUGACCGGUCCAUGGUCCUUCAAAAUUUGAGCAAGUUUCCGCGACUUCUCAUGCCAGCUAAAAGUCGCCGCUACAGACAAUCUUUGCGCAUUGCUGUUCGUGAUUAGCAAUUCUCCAUUCUCUCUAUCGCUAGUUCCCGUAUUGUUUAUGAGAUUCAAGGAUACCAGAUGAGCUGAGGCUGUAGAUUCUUUCUGGUACAACGUCUUCGCGGAUCACAUUUAGUUGGCCGGCACCCCGACACGCAGCCACUCUCAUAGUCAGUCUCCCGACUUUGCUUGUUGAAAAUGGUUGUCUAGGCCAUAUUCAAAAUUGCUUGUCUGCAUGCCUGCGCGAAUAUAUAUCUGGCGGGCAGCAGAUAAAUGCAUCCUUGAUCGUUAGCCAGCACAAGCCUGCUACAUUUGGCUGGCAAGAGUUGUGCAGAAAGUCAACAAAGGUACCAAGCGGUAUUACCGCUUAAGUCCACGCAACCUUCCGCGAGCCAAAAUUAUGCAAAGAAAUGAGCAGAACAGGCUUCAGAGAUAUCAUUGCACCGUCCGAUGUUCUUGCAUUCUGCGUCAUUGGCGCGCAACCUUUUCGAAUCCUCUUUGGGCCACAUAUUCGUCUGCUAAUUUCCCUGGACGUGAUUGGAUCUAUUAGGAGUCGGGGUCGGCGUUUUAAGUUAAGGUUAUGAGUUCUUACGGAGGUAGAAAUCGGAUUUGACGCCAACUCGGCAUGACGGCACAGCAAGGUUCAUUUGAGGCUCCAAACGCCCCUCCAGACCCGACUUAUACCUAGUCUGUACAUAUUAUGCAUUGUUAUGCAUGCUUAUGCUGUUCACAAGUCAGCGGGGCUUCAUAAGAGUUCUUCCAGAAAACGGGAUUGUGGAUGCGCGGCAGGGGAGUUGGUGAUUAUAUCCGGGAGCUUUGCUUCCAUGAUGAGAGUUAUGAAGGCU